AUGCGUCCCAUCUCUCUAGCAAGCGGCCCCAACGGUGACGGAGCCAUACCUCCCGAUGCCCUGGAACCUAUCGCCAUCGUUGGCCUAGCCACCCACUUCCCACAGCAAGCUACCACCACCGAGGGUUUGUGGGAGCUUCUCUUACAAGCCCGUUCCACAUGGUCAUCUAUUCCCAAAGCAAGGUUCAACUCAGAUGCGUUCUAUCAUCCGGACCCCGAGCAUGGCGGAACGUUCCAUGUUCAAGGAGGACACUAUCUCUCGGAAGAUCCCGCAUACUUUGAUGGCUCGUUCUUCAACAUCACUAAGAACGAGCUCUUGACAUUGGAUCCGCAACAGCGAUUGGUCUUGGAGAAUGUCUACCACGCUUUGGAGAAUUCAGGAAUCCCCUUGACCUCUGCCGUUGGCUCCAAUACUUCGGUUUUUGUUAGCGGUUUUAACCAUGACUACCUCGGCAUUCUCAAUUCGGAUGCAGAGACUAUGUUAAAAUACAAGCCCACAGGUGUCACCAACGCGAUUCUGUCCAACCGGGUCAGUUGGUUCUUUGACUUUAAGGGACCCAGUAUGACUAUCGAUACUGCUUGUUCCAGCAGCUUGGUGGCAUUGCACCUCGCUGUUCAGAGCCUACGGGCCCGAGAGACAAACAUGGCUAUCGUCAGUGGCGUGAGUAUUCUCGAAAACCCCGUUGAAACUAUUGGGAUGAGUCACCAUGGCUUGUUGGGACCUCAAGGCCGGUCUUUCAGCUUUGACUCCCGUGCCGAAGGCUAUGCACGAGGUGAAGGUGUUGGCACUGUUGUAGUCAAGCCUCUGAGCGCCGCUAUCAGAGAUGGAGAUACCAUUCGUGCGGUCAUUCGCGAGACCGGUGUCAAUCAAGAUGGCCGCACCCCAGGUAUUACGGUCCCCAGUGCAGAAGCCCAGGAAAGGCUUAUUCGCGAGGUCUAUUGGAGAGCUGGCUUAGAUCUCGAGCACACAAGAUUUGUUGAAGCUCAUGGCACGGGAACAAGCACUGGCGACCCAAUUGAAGCAGGUGCACUGGGACGCGCUUUCAAAUGUUGUCGCAAGACCCCGCUGUAUGUUGGGGCGAUCAAAUCGUCUAUUGGACAUCUGGAAGGUGGCUCAGGUGUCGCGAGUAUCAUCAAGUCGAUUCUCACUCUGGAGUCUGGGAUCAUACCUGCAAAUUUUGAUAUGAAACAAACCAAUCCCUCCAUACCUGCAGAGGAUUGGAACAUUGCAUUCCCCACCGAGAGUAUCCCAUGGCCAUCAGCAGGGCUGCGAAGAGUGUCAGUCAACUCGUUUGGAAUUGGUGGCGCGAACGCUCACUGCAUUCUUGACGACGCUUACCACUAUCUCAAUGACCGCAAUCUUAUGGGUUCUCAUCGCACCACAUCGACUGUUCCUACACCCCAGAAAAUAAAAAGCCGAAUCAUGGCACUAUCCCGGUCAGGAAAAGAGUCAGGCCAAGACAGCUCGGAUUCGUUCGAUGACAGCGAUAACUCUGGAUAUGGAACAACCUGCAUCGAUACCCCUACAAGUGAUGGCUUUUGUGCAACGCCUACAAUUGGUACAGCCUCUUCAUUUAUCAAUUUGGCCGAGCAGCCAAAGAUAUUCUUGCUUUCGGCCUUCGACGAAGAUGGAGUUAAGAGAAACGCACUUGAACUUGCUAAGUACCUGAAACGGAGAACAGUCCAGUCUGUUAUCCAUGAUCAACUCCUUGAUGAUCUCUCUUUCACUCUGUCGAAGAAGAGGUCCCAGUUUCCAUGGAAGAGUUUUGUCAUGGCAUCCUCAACCAAAGAACUUGCCUGGAAUCUGACAGAAUCGAAUUUUGCCAAACCAACCAGAACUACCAAACUGCCUGGAAUUGAAUUUGUCUUUACUGGCCAGGGAGCCCAAUAUCAGGCCAUGGGCAGAGAGCUCAUGGUCUACCCUGUUUUUAAGGAGUCUGUGGAGGAGGCCUCAGAAUACAUCCGCAGGCUUGGAAGUCCAUGGUCGCUCCUUGACGAACUAUUGACCGAAAGAAAAUCUCCCCGAGUCCAAUUUCCCGAGAUCGCUCAUCCUUUAUGCACGGUCUUGCAAGUUGCGCUUGUCGACCUUUUGGCUAGUUGGGAAAUCUUCCCAACUCAUGUUAUCGGUCACUCAUCUGGCGAGAUAGCUGCUGCUUACUGUUCUGGCAAGCUCUCUCGCGAGGCCGCCUGGAGAGUUGCCUAUUACCGUGGAUAUGUAUCAUCCAAGCAGCUAUCAGCAAAUGGCGCCAUGAUGGCUGUCGGUCUCGAUCCAUCACAAUUGCAACCCUAUUUGGACGCUGUGCGGAAGGAAAGCACUGGAGAGCUCAUUAUCGCGUGCCACAACAGCCCCAAGAACAACACCGUGUCCGGCGACGAGACGAUGAUUGAUGGUCUCAAGAACCUUCUCGACGACGAUUGCAUAUUUGCUCGAAAGUUGGAAGUCAAGAAUGCCUAUCACUCGGCUCACAUGCAUACAAUUGCUCAGGAUUACCUCCUUCUGAUGGGCGCUCUUCCUCAAGGAAAGCGGCUGGCAGCGCCUCAUCCAGUGCACAUGUUCUCCACCGUCACAGGGAAACAAGUCAAGGAUGAAAAUUUGCCUGCUCAAUACUGGGUGGACAAUAUGGUUGCCCCGGUUCUUUUCACAGAUGGCUUGGUUGCAAUGACCUCGAAACCAAUCUCUGGUCAUGGUUCGACUGAUUCGACUGAUUCUUUGCGUCUUCUUGUGGAGAUUGGACCUCAUUCAACGCUACAAAGCGCCAUCAAAGAAACAUUAACCUACAAGAGCCCCAAAUUGGAGUUCAAAUACUUUGCUGUGCUCAAGCGGACUGACCAUAGUCUCAAUACUCUGCUCACUACAGUUGGCUUCCUAGCUGGAAGUGGAUGUGCAUUGGAACUCCACGCGGUGAACCAAGCUCCCAGAUCUAAGGCAAGAAGGCGACCUAGGCUUUUGGUGGAUCUGCCACCCUACAGCUUUAAACAUACAGAGAAGAUUAUCUUUGAGAGCCGAUUGAGCAAGAAUCUUCGGACUCGAAAGUUUCCUCGCCAUGAUCUCUUUGGUGCGCCCAUCACAGAUUGGAAUCCCACUGCUCCUAGAUGGAGACACUUUGUCCGAUUAAACGAGAAUCCUUGGCUGCGGGAUCAUAUGGUUACUGGCAACUAUGUCUAUCCUGGUGUUGGCUAUUUGAUUAUGGCGAUUGAAGCUUCGAAACAGUUGGUCGGCGAGACCAAAAUCACUGGCUUCCAGUUACGAAAAGUCAACAUCCGAAGAGCCUUGAUUAUCCCCGAUACGAAAGAAGGAAUUGAGGUCUCCUUGUCAAUGGCAACCAUCGAAGACUCCUCGGCAUCAUCGCGAACAUGGCGACGCUUCCACAUAACUUCUUACAAUGCAUCGAGCGACGAGUGGACAGAACAUUGCACCGGCCAAAUCAACGUCGAGCACGAAGCAGCUCUCGAUCCAGUGGACAAUGGCCGUGAAGCGGAAGAAGAAAGCCGCUCGUGGAAAUCUGAACUCUCCCACGCAAACGAGAGAUGCGGCAAAUCCAUGAAUUUCAAAUCCACAUACAACAAUUUACAAACAUCUGGACUCAAUUUUGGUCCUCUGUUCCGUAACCUUGCCGACGUGCGUGCCAGUGGUCAUGGACUUGGAAAAGUUGUCGGGUCAGUGACUGUACCUGACAUUGCACAGUCCAUGCCAAAGCAGUACAUGCAUCCUCAUCUCAUUCACCCUGCUACAAUGGACAGCAUGAUCCAUUUAAUGAUCGCUGCAAGUCUUGACUUCACCGGCAAGUCCACUCUUGAUCAGAUCAGAUUGCCAACUUUCAUUCGUGAGGCCUGGGUCUCGGCAGACUUGAAUUCGGCGCCAUCCCACAAAUUUACUGGACAUGCAACAGUGUCUAUAGUGGCGUCUGACAAAUUCGAGGGCCAGAUCAAAAUACUGGAUGAAGAUACACACAUCCACCGCAUUCGCAUGGACGGCAUUGAGCUCACUCCACUAGAGUCCGGUCUUGCUGAAAGCAGUGAACGUCAACUGUGCAGUGCGAUUGAAUUCAAACCAGAUGUUCAUUUCAUUGAUUCAAAAGCCGCUUGCGCAUUGACUUCUCUCGAUGUCACAGAUGAAGCUGAAGCUCAAUACUGGGUGAAAUGUCUCCAGCUUGCCACGAUGCUUUACGUCACAGAUGCCCUGGCUGAGCUUCAAGAUAUUGAUGUUAUGAAGCUCGAUACCCAUAUGCAGAGGUUCUUCGACUGGAUGGAGCAUGUACAAUAUUUGCUCACACACAACAAGAUCAUUCAUCUGCCCUACAGCGAGUUCCAGGAAAUUGCUCAAGAUCAAGCUCUCAAAGAAGCCAUUGGCAAGGAAAUCGAGGAACACAGCGCCGAAGGUGCCAUCACCGCCCGAAUGGGUCGCAACAUUGUCAAGGUCGUGCGCCAGCAAACCGAUCCUCUGGAUCUCAUGUUCGGUCAAGAUGCUGUGAUGGAACAGGUAUACAAAGAAGGUCUUCAUUUGUACAACCUGCCGCAGCAUUUACAAAGCCACCUUUCUCUUCUCCGACACCAGCAUUCCGAGCUGAAUAUCCUCGAGAUCGGUGGUGGAACUGGUAGCUUCACGGCUGAAGUCCUAGCCGUCCUUUCGCCGGAUCCAGAGAAGAGCAAAGGAAAGAUUGCCAGCUACACGUUCACAGACAUUUCUUCCGGCUUCUUCGAGAAAGCAAAACAGCGUUUCCAAUCAUGGUCCGAUAUCAUGAGCUUCCAGUCCCUCAACAUUGAGCGCAGCCCCGUCGACCAGGGACUUCAACUGGGGAAAUAUGACCUGAUCUUCGCAGGCAAUGUUAUCCACGCCACUGCAAGUCUUAAUGAUGCAUUGCAGAACCUGCGGUCUCUGCUAAAGCCUGGUGGCCAGCUCAUCAUGCAGGAAGGUAUUCGACAAGACUUCCUCUGGUAUCCACUUGUCUUCGGUCAACUCCCUGGCUGGUGGCUAGGGAAUGAGCCAUGUCGUCAAUGGUGUCCCUACAUCCCGGCCGAAGAAUGGGAGCCCUUGCUGCUGAAAGCGGGAUUCUCGGGCAUCGAUAUUGAAUAUCCGAGUUCGAAUGACCCCGAUUUGACCUGGCAGAGUAUUUUGGUUUCUUCUGCUAUUGAGGCACCCAAGGAGAAGUCAUCAAACACUGCAGUAAUCUUGACGCAUGAGACGUCGAAAGCGGCACAUAUAAUUGAGUCUCUUCGGAAAACUCUACCGGGACUUGGAUAUGGCAGUGUCCUUGUUGAAGAGCCUUCAAAGAUUGAAGAUUGCAUGGUGCCGGAUGCUCUGUACAUCUCAUUGAUGGACUUAGAGUCUCCUUAUCUCUGGAAUAUUGACGAAGUCAAAUACAAUGCUCUCAAGAAUAUGCUCAAUGAGUGCCAGAACUUACUGUGGGUGACCCCAGAUCCCCUUGCCCAACCACAUGCGAGUAUGAGUUUGGGUCUUCUCCGCACCGUACGCUGGGAGCGAGAUGCCGAUGGCUCAAACAUUGUCAUAUUGACAGAUGCGGAGCCAGAGAAUGCUUUGCCGGAGGGACUUGCUACAGCUAUUGGCAAGAUCGUUAAACGACAAUUCGUGGACAAGCCGGAGAAUGAUCGCCACGCCGAGUACAAAUUGCAGAAUGGUCUCAUUCAUAUCGGCCGUUUGAACGAGUGGGAGACUGCGGAUCAAUUCCUUGCUGCACAGUCCUCGAAGGUCGUUCCCCAGGUCCAGCGCCUUGGCGACGUGGAUCGUCCCAUCGAAUUGCGGGCGAGUGGUGCCGGUACUGGUGAAUACCACUGGAUCACGGAUACCCAGUAUGAAGAAGUGCGCAAAGAUACAGAGGUCGAUAUUGAUAUCCGAGCGCUUGGGAUUUCGUCAGAUGCGUCUGCCAGCCGCCUUGUGAAUGAAAUCGCUGGAGUCGUGACCGAGGUUGGCUCGAAGGUUGGAGACCUAACCCCAGGCGACAGAGUCAUCUACAUCUCGGGCGACAAAAAGAGUGGCUGCAUCCGAACCCAUGAUCGAGUUGAUGAAAAGCUGAUUGCCAAGAUCCCCAAUGAGAUCUCAUUCGAAACUGCAGCCGGUUUGGCUUGGUCAUACGUGACUGCACUCCGAGGACUUUGUGAGAUAGUCCAUCUCGAGCCCAAGGAUACCCUCUUAAUCCAUACCAGUGCCACAGAUAUCAGUCAAGCGGCCAUUCGAUAUGCGCAAAUGAUUGGGUCUACAAUCUAUGCUACUGUGGCCACGGUAGAGGAACGUGAUACCCUCGUCUCUGCAUACGGAAUCCCUCAAGAGCGCAUCUUCUCUAGAAAGGAUCAGAGCUUUGUCAAGGGUAUCAUGCGACACACUCACGGUGCUGGGGUUGAUGUCGUUGUCAACACCUUUGGUGGCGAUGGACUCCGAGGCUCAUUGGCCUGUGUUGCUCCAUUCGGAGCAUUGACUGAUAUUUCGAAUCGAGAUUUACGAGCUGAUACCACAAUUGAGCUGGCUUCUUUGCCUCAUAACACGAUCAUCAACACCGUCAACAUUCCUCUGUUGGUCCAGCAUCGAGCAGAAUUGGUGCGCCCUUUGCUCUGCGAGGCACUCAAGUUGUACUCCGAGGGGAAGAUCGGUCAAAUCGAAACUCCAAGUGUCAUGGACUUCACCCAGAUCAAAGAAGGUAUCCAUGCUGCACACAGCGGGAAAGCAGCUAAAGUUGUAUUUGUGCCCGAGCCAUCGAACAUGAUCCCUGUUGUCCCACUGUCAAUCCUACCAUAUCAAUUUGACCCAUCCGCCUCCUACGUUCUUGCUGGUGGCUAUGGCGGUCUGGGACGCAGUCUAGCCCGAUGGAUGGCUUCUCGAGGCGCAAAGAACUUGAUAUUCCUGUCUCGCUCAUCCACCUCGAGUCCGGAGAAAUUGGAAUUGGCUGCCGAUCUCAACAAACUGGGGUGCAAGGUACAUUCCCUGACCUGCGAUGUGGCCGAUGCAUCUACACUCAAGCGAUUAUCCGAGGAGGCAUUUUCCCAACUACCUCCCAUCAAAGGAUGUAUCCAAGGAUCCAUGGUUUUACGAGACGGCGCAUUCGCAGGCCUAUCAUUCGAAGACUGGCAAACCGCAAUCAAACCCAAAGUCCAAGGCUCCUGGAACCUGCACACAGUUCUCCCCAAUGACAUGGAUUUCUUCAUAAUGCUCUCCUCAGUAGCAGGAAUCUUCGGCAACCGCGGCCAAUCAAACUACGCCGCCGGCAACACCUUCCAAGACGCUCUCGCCGCAUACCGCGUCUCUCACGGCAUGCAGGCAUCCAGCAUCAAUCUCGGCAGCGUCUCGAACGUAGGCUGGGUCGCCGAGAACAGAAACUCAAUGCGCACGCACACAGCCACAUUAUUCGAGCUACUCCGCGAAGACGAAGUCCACGCCGCAGUGGAAUUCCUCAUCCACCCCGACAAAAACAGGAAUGAGGGACCUCCCCGCUCCCAGCUCGUUCUCGGCUUGCCGACGGCAGAUAUGUGUCGCCAGAAUGGCGUGCCUUUGCCUACGUACUUGAAUUACUCGAUGUUCACGCACUUCCGGAGCACGGCUGCUGCGAAAAGCACUGAGGUCUCGGAGCAGAAGACUGUUAGUACUGCUGCGCUCUUGGCGGCGUCUUCUGGCCUUGCGGGUGCGGUGGAUGUUGUGUCGAAUGGGAUUGUCGAGAGGCUUUCUUCUUUGCUUGCUGUUCCUUGUUCGGAACUGGAUGCUCAGCGCUUUGGCUUUGGGGGUAUUGAUUCCCUUGUUGCUAUGGAGUUCCGUGCGUGGAUUGUUAAAGAGCUUAAGGCCGAGAUUUCUUUGCUUGAUAUUAUGGGAGCGGAGAAUAUUAGGGCUUUGAGUGAGAAGAUUGCUGGUAGGAGCCGGCUGAUUGCAGGAGGGUCUGGAUCUGGAUCUUCUUGA